CCUGGUACCUGUAUUUCUUCCAAUCGGAGGGAUUAGUCGACACCUAUGGUGGCCGUGCGCUCUUGCAGAAAAGAGCGCAUGUAGGCGUAUGUUUUCUCGCCACCACAUAAUUCUUGCAGAUCUUCCAGCAUGAGCUGGUGCGAUAUAUGGUAUGGAACGCUUUCUUAAAGUCUAGCGCUACCACUAUUCUAACGGAGCUGCCGGCCGAAGAGUUAAGGGCUUCGUCUUUUAGCAUGAGGAAAAUGUCUUGGGCGGAUAGAUGGGGCCGAAAUCCGAACAUUGAAGGUGGGAAGAGUUGGUUGCAUUCUAUGUAAGCGGUUAAGCGCGUUAGCACGACUUUCUCAAAUAUUUUCCCUAGGCAGGAUGUGAGGCCUAUAGAUUGGUCGUAGAUUUUGAAAGUUCUUGGCUUUCGCGCGUUUGGGUAUGAGGAUUAUUUUAGCCUCUUUCCACUCUCUCGGCACCAAGCCGGUGUCCCAGCUAGGCCUCUGUGUUAAAGAAGUCUGUGAUUUGAUGAAGGGUUUCGCGGCUAAGAUUUCUUAUAAGCGACUGCUUUCGAAGCGCGUUCUCGCCGCCGCCGUGAUGUCAAUUAACGGUACCGGCGCAGAUGCGCGGCUCGCGCCUGCAGGGUUAGGAGGUCCAAAAACAAGUAAAAUUGAACUACAAAUAUCUAUGCUACAAUCGCUUCGAAUGCUGCAUAGCGCGCCUUACCAACGUUGGCGCCAACAUACACCGCUUGAUGAUCGAAGUUCAGCGCAACGCGGAACCUUGUUAUCCCUUUCAAUGCAUCACCCUUUGUGCGAAACUGACAAAUUUUCAGCACUACUCGAAAGCGUACCGAUCGACUAGCUAGCAACCUAACGAGUCCCAAUUACCUCGGUCCCAACGAAUGGUUUCGAAGUUAUGCACUCUCUUCAAUGGGACACUGGAACGUGUGGCCAUCAGCGUCGCGACAGAAUACAGCUCGGGUACUUGAUACAUCUGACUAUAAGAGUCUGAAGAGUCCAAGAUAAGUUCAUCACCGUCCGUCGGCACCCCCUUAAUUGGGACCACGAUGGAAGAAAGGUCGGUACCAGUCGGUACUCUACACUGCAUGCUUGUGUAGCAGACCAGCAGACGAAGUUUUCUUGGAGGUCAAGAGUUGGUAUUACGCCCAUGCUGAAAGCAAUCUUUAUAUAAAACUCAGUGAAGUGAACCACAAAAAAUUAAGUCCUGUGCGAUAAAUUAGAGUUGAUUGAACGAUCAGUAGGCAUUUCCUAUACUGUGCUCUCGGCAUUGCCAGCAUUGCUUUCGUCAUGAACAUCAAUCGUCAACACGGCCAUGUGCGUUGCGUCUGCUGUCGUGAUGGUGUCGUGAUGGUCGCGAUAUCGUUACGAUCCCUAGUAUCGUGAUCGUACGCCCGCAUUUGCUUUCGCUCAGUGCGAACGGUGUGGACUUUAAAUGCUUUGUGUUCUGUAUGUCGAUUAUAGUGAAGGAACUCUUAGAUAUCAUACCACAUAUUACACGACGAACAGCGUCGCGAGCGCAGCUCCAGCUCUGUAGCAUGUCAAACAAAGUGCAACCCACCGCAGAUGAGUGCGGCGUAAAGACUAACGCUCACAGGAAAUUCUAUGAUUUGUCAGAGGCCUACGCUGUAAAUUCACUUAGCAAAAAUGUCAAGACAAAAAAGCUUGUCGGUGACGAGCAGUUCAUGGAGUACAUCAAUGCUAACGUUAUCGGCAAAGACGCUACCUUUCUGGGUCCUUACGGUCGUCGAAGAGUCGUGUACUGUGAUCAUACAGCGUCAGGGAGGUCGCUCACUUUCAUCGAAGACUUCAUUCGCAGCGAAGUGUUGCCUAUGUACGGCAACACGCACACCACCACAUCUGUUACUGCCCUUCAGACUACGAUGUUUAGACACGAAGCAAGAGACAUUGUACGGGCCACCGUGAAUGCAAGUGAAGGUGACUCUGUCAUAUUUGUGGGCACGGGCACUACUGGUGCUGUACACAAACUCAUCUCGGCUUUGGCCCUCACUGCACCACCUGUGGUUUUUGUAGACACAUUUGCACAUCACUCUCUUCUCCUUCCUUGGAGAGAAGUGGGAGCCAAGAUUGUGAGAGUACCCGAGACAGUUGAGGGAACGUUGGACGUCUCAUUUCUUGAAGAGAAGCUUAAGGAAUAUGUUGAAGACAAGGAUAGGCUUUUGAUUGGGUGCUUCACGGCAGCAUCCAAUAUUACUGGCAUCCUGUUAGAUGAUGUAAAAAUCACAGCCCUGUUGCAUGGCUACGGUGCCCUUGCAUUCUGGGAUUAUGCAUCUGCGGCACCUUAUGUAAAUGUUGACAUGAAUCCAGUCGUUCCAGGCGUUGAACAGGGACUGGCAUAUAAAGACGCUAUUUUCAUAUCACCACACAAGUUUAUAGGUGGUCCUGAAACACCUGGUGUGCUUGUUGCGAAAAAGAAGCUGUUUGUCAAUAGAGUGCCAUCUGGCUCUGGUGGUGGCUCAGUCUUUUUUGUUUCAAGAAAGGACCAUCGUUAUCUUCAAGAAAUCGAAAUGAGGGAAGAAGGUGGGACGCCAUCAAUUGUUGGGGCCAUCCGAUGUGGUCUUGUGUUCCAGUUAAAAGCAGCAGUAGACCAUGAGUUUCUUCUUUCAAGAGAAGAAAAGCUGUGCAGAAAGAUGUGGAGCGCUUGGCAGGACGUGCCCAACCUGAUGGUCUUGGGGAACCAGAAUGUUCGCCGCCUGCCCAUUGUGUCCUUCUUGGUUCGCCACCCUGACUCGGGCCUCUUCCUGCACCACAAUUUUGUCUGUGCCUUGCUGAAUGAUCUCUAUGGCAUCCAAGCUCGUGGUGGCUGCGCUUGUGCUGGUCCCUAUGCACAGGACCUGCUGGGCAUUGAUGAAAACUUGGCCAUUCGCUACGAGGAACUUCUUGCCGAAGACAGCCAACUGGACCGGACUCAUCUGAGGCGCUACCUAGAGCACUCCGAUCGAGAAGUGCUGCGCCCUGGCUUUGUACGCCUAAACCUGGCUUUCUACAUGCCAGAUUCCCUGGUGGACUUUGUCCUCGAGGCAGUGCGCCAGGUGGCUUGUCAUGGUUGGAAGCUGCUCCCACAAUACAACUUCAACCCUGAGACUGGCGAGUGGAAACAUUCCAUGCAUCAGGUGUUUAAGGACAGAAGAUGGCUUGGCUCGAUUUCCUACAAAGAAGGGAAAUUUGUGUACAGAGACCCUGAAGGAGAGAGUCAGAGACCUGGCACAGAUAGUUCAUGGCAGGAUGUGCUGAAUGAAGCAAGCAUCAUUUUUGGAAAAGCUGAUAAAGCCGCUCACAGAGCCCAGCUUGCUGACCAGCCGUUGAUGUUUGAUGCGGAAGCUGCUGAACUGCGUUGGUUUCUCCUCCCAAGUGAAGCAAAGCAACUCCUGGAAGGAACACAAGUGCUGCUCAAGGACCCUCCCUUUGCACCGCCCAAGCCAGGAAUGCGCAAACACUUGGAAAUCCAAGCAAAACCGCAGUGCUUGUCAUCGUGCCGAGUUUCCUUGAAGUCUGUUAGCUUGCAAAACGAGCAGCCUAGUCCCCGGCAGUUUCGUUGGCAUGCUCCUCCAAGGAACAUAUUCAAGCCGUUCUUGAAGGCAGUCAACGAGUUCGACAUGAUAGCUGAUGGGGACAGAAUUCUUGUCUGUUUGUCAGGAGGAAAGGACUCUCUUUCUCUACUUCAUACUUUGCACCAAUUCCAGUUCAGCUUCAGGAAAAAGGGGAAGAACUUCGAUCUGGGUGCUGUAACAGUUGAUCCUGGAAGCUCGUUGUACGAUCCGAGCCCUUUGAAGAAAUACCUGCAACUAUUAGGAGUCCCAUAUUUUUAUGAAGAGCAGUGCAUUGUUGAACAGGCCUCUGCCCUGCCUGAAUGCACCUCCAUUUGCAGCUUCUGUAGCCGCAUGAAGCGGGGUCGUAUCUACGCUUGCGCACGAAGAGAAGGCUACAAUGUACUUGCACUUGGGCAACAUUUGGAUGACCUUGCUGAAAGCUUUCUCAUGUCCGUGUUUCACAAUGGCUUUCUCAGAACUAUGAAGGCUAACUACAAGGUUAGAGAGGGUGACCUUCGAGUAACACGGCCUUUUGUCUACGUAAGAGAAAAGAAUCUGAGGAAAUUUGCUGAAGAGAAAAAACUUCCAGUCAUUGCAGAAAAUUGCCCAGCUUGCUUUGAAGCUCCUAAGGAACGACACAGGGUAAAGCAGCUAUUAGCUGCUCAGGAGAUUUUGUUCCCAAAGCUGUAUCCAAGUUUGAGAUCUGCCAUGCACCCACUGAUGGCCAUCAACCGGACCGGAAUCGAAAGUGCUCUUCACCAGAAUGGCUUUAAUCCCCAUGACUCAGAUACAGAGUGACUGUGCAUCACUUUAGUUUUUUUUUAAAUAUUUCCUUCCAAGAGAUGGACCUUAUUCAUUUUUUUCCCCAUUACUUAUGUAGAUGUGUACCCAAGUACACAGAAAUGAUAGCUUGAUACAAAUAAACAUAUUUCAUUUCCGCCCUCAAUUAGCAGACUGCUCUGUCUGCUAGGUGUGUGGCCAUUUGUUGGAAUGUAUAUCUACGAGCAGAUAAAAAGAAGAUUAAAGGGGUCCUCUAUGUAA